AUGAAGGAACUCGCCGCUGGCAGCACCUAUGCGUCCCCGUACAUCAGCGACAGCUUGUACGAUGAAAUAAUCGGGAUUCCCGUCGUGGAAGCGAUUGAGUGUGUGCUUGCGGGCGACCUCCUUCGGAAAUGGAGGCGCGGCCAGCCGCUGACGGAACAAAAACACGGCCUAGGUGUGAAGCCGCAAACACAGCAAUUCGUCGAAAACGGCACUAGCUACCUCGCAGUGCAGCCGUCGUCGCGUUCCCAUGAGCGCUACUUUUGGGUCUCAUGUGUCUGCGGGACCUUCUUCCUCAGAUGGCACUCGUGGCGGAAGCACCCGAGUGAGACCGUCUUCGCGCUGUGCGGGGUCGACACGAUCAGGCGUGGAGACGAGAUAUCGAGCUUUGACAACAAGAGCAAGCCCGAUGCCAAUGACAAGCUUGUUUUUGUUCUCUCGGGGGCGUUCUCGCUGCGCCUGGCGGCUGCCACGCAAAGAGACGCGCUGCUCUGGAUCUGUGGACUGUACCACAUUGCACGACAUGCUCGCGAUGAGUACGCGCGCGCUUGGAUAGCAAACUCCAACAAAAUCGCAACGUGGUUCGCCCUCCGCGAACCCGAUGGCAUUCCCACCUUCCAGUCCAAGACCAUCACGCAGGAACUAGCUAGGAAAGAAAAUUCACUUGAUAAGCUCAUUGCGGCCGGCAAACGUGAUCACGAAGGCGAACAGGAGGAUAUGCCAAACACGGUCGAUGAGGUAGUGGAAAGGCUCACUGACCUUAAACUGGUGAGGCGCGAGGAUGUUCUGGAGCCCGUGAUUACCGUGGUGAAAGAGAUACUAGCAACUCGUGAAUCAUGGCUGCAUAAACUCAUACAGAGUCUGAUCAAGUCAGAUUACAACCGCGUCGACAACCUCGUGAGGUUUGUGGCCGACUGUGCCUAUCACUUAAGGGCGAUGGACGCUGAGAUUAAUUCGUCUAGGGAUGAGGUAUUUGUUUUUGACAACUAUAUGUCAGAGGAAGAUGUUAUUAAGUUGAUGUUUAACGUGGUAAAGCACUACUCCAUUGUGGCCAACGUGUUGGACACGGACGACUAUCAUGGCCAAAAGAAACCAUCCCGAGUAGCCCGCAGCAUCAGGGAUAACGUGGCGGAGUACAAUCAAGAGAAUUUGCCGAAUGGCGAUCAAACUAACGAUGAUAAAACUGUUGAACAUAACACUGCGGAAGGCAACACCGCUGAAGAUAACACUAGUGAUGGUGAUCUGGAUCAUGAUGAAGGUGGUGUCCCGUCUGCAGAGGAGGAAAAGGGGAAAAUCAACUUUUUCAAACGUUGGUCAAAGUUCAAGAAAGGAAGUGACAUGGACGGGCUAUUGGAUGCGGAUUCAUCCGCCGCUGUGUGGUCGUCUUCCGGGGUUCCCAAACGGGACAACUGGAUGGAACAUGAGGUCGACCCGCUGAAGCCCAUAGACAACGAGCAGUACCAGAGGUUCUUGGAGAACGUGCAGGGGGCCAACAGGGCGGAGACCACAGAUAACCUGUUAGGUAUAGUCGAAAAGGACGCGCGCCCGCCAUUUACGGCGUCCAAAUUCAUGGAAACGAAGUACAGCCAGGGGUGCUGCAUGAGGCCAGCAGCCAACUCAUCCCUGCCUGUUAAAAUGCUCACCAUCAUGGGGUUCCACUGGUCUCUUUCCCAAAAGUUCAACACAGCUGUAAUGCCACAGGAUGCGGAAGAGAUUGCGCACAUGCUGCAGUAUCCGCUGACCUCGUUCUGGAUCGCAAGCUCCCACAACACUUACCUUACGGGUAGCCAGGUAGGAGGUACGGCCACCGCAGGAGCACUCGCGGAUGCGCUGAUUAGGGGGUGCCGUUGCAUAGAACUCGACUGUCAGGAUGGCGCUAACGGUGAACCCGUGCUGUGUCACUCAUGGAAGCAUUGUCAGCUCACCGGGUCGGUUACACUGAAGGAGGCGCUCCUCGCGUGCAAGGAGACUGCAUUCAGCACCUCCAAGUUGCCUGUUAUACUGUCCAUGCAAAUGACGGGUAGCGAAGAAUGCAAGGCCAAGACGGCCCAACUGUGCAAAAAGAUCCUGGGUGACUACCUGUAUCUACCCGACCCCAAGGAUCCAGUGGAUCAUGUCGCGUCGGUGCCCAUUGGUUGCCUGCUCUCUAAAUUCAUCAUCAAGGGAAAGAUGCACACGGACCCCGUAGUGAAAAACGCGAAGUUGGACGCUGAGUGGAUGUCGGUUGUGGCGCUGCAUGGCUACAAGAUUGCGGAGGUUACUCCGGACAACAUCUCCCACGCGAAGCGCAACGAUAUGUACAGUAUGAACGAGAGCAAAUUCGCCAAGCUGUCUGCGGACUCGGAGUUCGUGGUAAAGCUGGCGGAUAUAUCGAUGUUGAGAGUGUUCCCGUCGGGCACUAGGCUAGCCAGCACCAACUUCUGCCCGAUGAGUGCGUGGGCGGUAGGCGUGCAGUGUGCGGCGCUCAACUACCAGUCGUGUGAUAGGUCGAUGCUGAUCAACUAUGGGAAGUUCAACCAGAGUUUUGGUUAUGUGUUGAAGCCGCCGGAGCUGCGGCCCGUGACGUACCGGCAAGGCGAAUGUACGGACUACUUCUGCGAUAGGCCGAUAAAACUCAAGAUACACGUUCUAUCGGCGUCACAGCUAUCACCGCCAAACGAGGGACUGGAGCAGACCAACUUUUCCAAUGCGUUGGGCAACGUGCUUUACUCCAUCCAGCAAGGAGGGGUCGAAAUCGACAUGGACAAGGUAGCAGCAGAGAUUGGAAAGCCCCGCAAAAGCAAGCGACCUACCAGGAGAGAACGGCGCGAAUACAGAUUUACGAUGGAUGAGGGCACGAAGGGCGAUGGCACGGAUAGCAUCGAAACCACCAGCCAUUUGAUCCAGAAGUCGGAAAACAUUGUUAAAUCACGGGCUGACCCAUGCUGCCCGUUUGUAGAGGUUGCGGUGGUGGGUGAAGGGGAGCGUGUCCAGCGAACUGACACUGUAAAUUUCAAUGGCUUCAACCCCGUGUGGGCUGACACCACGCCGCCGUUCGAGUUCGUAGUGAAGCGGCCGAACCUCUCCAUUCUGCUGCUUACAGUGAAGCACUACGACAACAUGGGCGCGCAGCUCAUAGGGCAAUCCGCGCUGCCCGUUAACCGCAUCCGCCCGGGGAUCAGGUGGGUGCAGCUGCUAGACCAGCGUUUCAUUGAAAUCGACUGCUGCGGCCUGUUGCUGCACAUCGACAUUGCGUAUAUCGACUGA